AUGUGUGAAGACGGAUAUGAUAAUAAAAUUCCCUUACAUAAUGAUGAAGCAUUUCAACAUGGAAUCCAAUUUAAAGUUAAAUAUAUUGGAGCACUUGAAGUACCUAAACCAACAAGUCGCAAUGAAAUUAUAGCUGCUAUGCGUCGUAUACGUUAUGAAUUUAAAUCUCGAUCAAUUCGUAAACGUUCUGUUAAUUUAACAAUAUCUACUGAUGGUGUUAAACUUGGUCUAUGGAAAAAAAAUCAAAAAAAUAUGUAUCCUGAUGAUGAUCGAACAUUUUUAAUGCAAUAUCCAAUUUAUCGAGUCUUCUAUGUAUCACAUGAUAGUCAAGAUUUGAAAAUUUUUAGUUUUAUUGCAAGAGAUCAUACAAAUAAUACAUUUCGUUGUAAUGUCUUCAAAGCAUACAAGAAGAAUGAAGCAAUACAUAUUGUCCGUACAAUUGGUCAAGCAUUUGAAGUUUGUCAUAAAUUAACUUUACAAACAUCAAUGAAUAGCCCAACGACUGUAAAUCAAUCACCACAACAAGCGAAUAAAGCAUUUGAAUCAGAUCCAAUAGAAAAAACUGAACGUUAUUUACAAAGUACUCAACAACCAAAUUCUUCAAAUAAUACGGAAAGAAAUUCAAUAAAUGUAGUUCAAUCUUCUUCAACAAGUGAAUUUACUCUUAAACAUCAAAUGCAAUUUAUGCAAGAACAAUUACAACAAAUGCAAAAUGAAUCAGAGCUAACAUUUAAUCAAAUUAAAUUACUUAAAGAACAAUUAAAUAUUGAAGUUUCUGCUCGAAUUGAUUCACAACAUAAAAAUAAAUUAUUAAUUGAACGUAAUCGAGAAUUAUUAACACAUAUUCAACAAUUAAUACAUUAUACACAAGAAUUAGAAAUGAAAUUAAAUAAUAACAAUAAAAAUUUUGAAGCAUUAAAGAAUCUUCAAUCACGUCCUACGAAUUUAUUACUUCUUCCAUCCUUAUUUUCAACUUUAUCAACUUCGACUUCUACAAAUGGGAUAUCAAAUCCUCAAGAUUUCUCAAGUGAUUCACCUGAUUCUGGUAAAGGUAAAGAAAUUUCAUCAGAAAGUAUUUCUGAUGCAUUUAUAUCAAGUAUUCAUGAUCAACAAUUAAAUAAUUCAUGGACUCAUAAUAAUUCAACAUCAAUACUUGAUGAUAUAACAACUCAAUCAAUUUCAAUAAAUGAUACCGCAUCAAAAAAUACAAGUACAAAUAAUAAUCCUGCUUAUGAAGAAUAUUCUUCAACAUCAUCAUCUCAUUCUUCAAUAAAAAAUUCAAAUAAAAAUCAUGUUGAACAUUAUCUUUACGAUCAUAUUAUUCCAACAUCAUCAUCGUCAUUUACAAAUUCAGCUUUUACACAAAGUCCAUUACGUACAAUAAAUAAUUAA